AUGCCUUCACAAGCUGCUCUCCUCAUUGGAGACAUUACGCAUGCGCGCAAGGAGUGGGAGAGCCUCUCCUCCAUUCUGACGCUGAAAGAAUUCCCCCGUGGGAAUAGACAGGACUUCAUCGAGAACUGCAAGGCCGGCCACUACGACGAUGUUGUGGUCAUCUACCGGUCCAAUGCAUCCGCCAAGUUCACCGGCCCCUUCAACGAGGAGAUGAUCGCGGUGCUACCGCAAGCUCUCCGCUACAUCUGCCACAACGGAGCCGGCUACGACAAUGUAGAUAUUGCCGCCUGCUCGCAGAAGAACAUUGCCGUGUCCAGCACGCCUGUCGCAGUUAACAAUGCGACUGCCGACGUGGGCAUUUUCUUGAUGAUCGGUGCGCUGCGCCAGGCAUAUGUGCCCACGGCCGCUCUUCGAGCUGGUGAGUUAUUCCCCUACAUCGAGAAGAUUGAGAAUAUCCCAGAAUGUUCGCUUUCGCAUCCGAUCACUGACGACGCACGAUUCAAAAUUACAGGCCAAUGGCAAGGCAAGACCACCCUGGGCCACGACCCCCAGGGCAAAGUUCUGGGAAUUCUGGGUAUGGGGGGUAUUGGAAGGGAAAUGGCGAACCGGGCCAAAGCCUUUGGUAUGAAGAUCCAGUACCAUAACCGCUCGCGACUCUCGCCAGAGCUCGAAGGAGAUGCGACAUACGUCUCGUUCGACGAGCUCCUGGCCAACGCCGACGUGCUCAGUUUGAACUUGGCACUGAACGCAUCCACGCGACACAUCAUCGGUGCGACCGAGUUCGGCAAGAUGAAGGAUGGCGUGGUGUUGGUCAACACGGCGCGCGGGGCGCUGAUCGAUGAGAAGGCGCUGGUCCGGUCGGCUGGUCUGGAUGUGUAUGAGAAGGAGCCCGAGAUCGAGCCCGGUCUGGUGAACAACCCGCGGGUUAUGCUGCUGCCGCAUAUUGGCACCAUGACCUACGAGACGCAGAAGGAAAUGGAGAUUCUGGUGCUGGACAAUCUGCGGUUGGCGGUAGAGAAGGGCGAGCUGAUUACGCAGGUGCCGGAGCAGAACGUUAGGGCUCGCUUAGGGCCGAAGCGCCAAGAGCGAAAAAAACCGCACCAAACUUGGUGUUCAAGCGUCAGCGGAAAAGCGACAACACCAACCCGACACCGAGGACCAUCGUUUUCCCUCGCCAACUCCGUCAAGAUGGUCCGUUACGCCGCCCAGGAGAUCCCGGCCGCAAAGAGCGCCCGCGCGCGGGGCUCUUACCUGCGUGUCAGCUUCAAGAACACCCGUGAGACCGCUCAGGCUGUCAACGGUAUGAAGCUGCAGAAGGCCCUCACCUUCCUCGAGAACGUCACCAACAAGUCCAUGGCCGUCCCCAUGCGCCGUUACGCCGGCAGCACCGGUCGCACUGCUCAGGGCAAGCAGUGGGGUGUCAGCAAGGCCCGCUGGCCCGUCAAGUCCGCCGAGUUCAUCAUCGACCUGCUGAAGAACGCUGAGGCCAACGCCGACACCAAGGGUCUCGACACUGGCAACCUUAUCGUCAAGCGCAUCCAGGUUAACCAGGCUCCCAAGGGCCGCAGACGCACCUACCGUGCCCACGGUCGUAUCAACCCCUACAUGACCAACCCCUGCCACAUCGAGCUCAUCCUCACCGAGGCUGAUGAGGAGGUCAAGAAGGGCCCCCAGACCGCUCUCAAGGCGCAGACCCGCCUCUCUUCGCGCCAGCGCGGCUCUCAGCUCCGCCAGGCCAUCACCGAGGCAUAA